CCGGCACCGCAGCGCACCGGGCCGGGCGGGCACCGGGGCUGGUGCGGGCCGCCCCCGCCGCCCCCCCAGAAAUGGAAACAAACAACCAUUUUAACUUCACUGGCCUUUCCUCUGCACCCGCUGCCUCAGGACCGAAACCCACGCCUGCCUCAGGGGACUCCCCCUUCACCCACAGCUCCCCGCUCAGCUUCCCCCCACAAGGGAAAAGUCUGAACGGGGGCAUGAAUGUCAAUGGCUUCUCUACUGUAUCACACCCCGGUACUUCAGGGACGUUCUCGCCCGGCUCCGCGCCCGCCGGGGCCCAGCCCCUCCGCGCCUACGACUGCCUGUGGGACUACGCGCCCUACGCGCCCGCCGGCGGCCUCAAGGACGGGGGUCCGCCCGCCCUUGGACAGUUCCCCCUCAACGGCGUGGCCGGAGGGUCGCGGCCGGCGUCGCCGGGGCACGGCACCAACCUGCGGGCGGCCGGGCAGGAGUUCUGGGGCAACGGCACCGCCGGGCCCAUGGGGCUGAACUUCGACUCGCAGGAGCUCUACGACUCCUUCCACGACCAGAGCUUCGAGCUGAUGCAGAACGGGCCCGACGGCUUCUACGCGGCGGGUCAGUCCUCGCCCAUCCUGAGCUCGGACGCGCAGCCCUUCCCGCUGGCUCCGGACGAGCCGGACCCCGGCCAGGGAGACGCUGCCGGCGCAGCCAAAGAGAUGCCCACCACCACCACCAGCACCACCACCAUCGCGGAGAACGGGGGUGGGCUGGUGGGCAGCCAGGAGCUGGAGGAGGCACAGCCAGACCUGAAGAUCUGCAGCUACAACGGGGCUGCAGCCGCUGGCGCGGGGUCGCUGGGGCCGGAGGGGACCGUGCUGGCACCCAGGGACAGCGGGUGCCUCGGGGACGCGUCGCCCAUCGCCCCGCGGCUGGAGGACACCCACAUCCUCAGCGAGGACCCCCUGGAGCCCUUCGAGUCCCUGGCCAGAGACCCCGGCACCGGCGACCUGUACGCGAUGGACGACUCGCAGCUGGUGAGCGACAAGUCCUCCCUGGAGGAGCCCCCCGACCUGGCCGCCAGCCCCCCACUGCACGCCGGCCCCUUCAGCCUGCUGCCCGCCAGCCCCUCGCCCGCCCCGCUGCUCGGUGGCCCCGGCUCGCCCCUUCGGGCCGUCCCCGCCCCGUUCCGCCCCGAUCCCGUCCCCAUCCCGCCCCCUCCCCAUCCUGCCCCACGGCCCCGGGCUGACGCUGCCGUGCCCAGGUGGAGGCGGGAGGUUCGGAUCAAGAAGGGGAACCAUCGCUGGCAGGGCGAGACCUGGUACUACGGCCCCUGCGGGAAGAGGAUGAAGCAGUUCCCGGAGGUGAUCAAGUACCUGAGCAGGAACAUGGUGCAGGAUGUCCGGCGGGAGCACUUCAGCUUCAGCCCCCGCAUGCCCGUGGGAGACUUCUACGAGGAGCGGGACACGCCUGAGGGUGUGCAGUGGGUGAAGCUGAGCCCCGAGGAGAUCCCCGGGCGCAUCCAGGCCAUCACGGGCAAGCGCGGCCGGCCCCGCAACGCCGAGAAGGCCAAAGCCAAGGAGCCCCCGGCCACCAAACGGGGCCGGGGCCGCCCUCCCAAGGUCAGGAUGGUGGAUUUGCUGAGUAAAACGGAUGCACGGCUGCUGAAGAGGCUGGAAGCACAAGAGGUGCUCAGCGAGGAGGACAAGUUGAAAAUGAGCAAGAUCAAGAAGAAAAUGAGGCGGAAGGCCAAGAACAAGCAGAAGCAGGAGGCCAAAGCCCCCAGGGCCAAGGAGGUCAAGAAGAAAUCCAAGGCCAAGGAGAAGAAGGGGAAGCCAGAGAAGGGCAAGGACAAGGCCCGGCCCAAGGAGAAGAAGGGCAAGGGGGCUCGGAAGGCGGACAAGGGGCUGCUGGCCCAGCGGCGCCUGGAGGAGCGGCAGCGGCAGCAGCUCAUCCUGGAGGAGAUGAAGAAGCCCACGGAGGACAUGUGCCUGGGGGACCACCAGCCCCUUCCAGCCUUCUCCCGCAUCCCGGGGCUCGUCCUGCCCAGCCGCGCCUUCUCCGACUGCCUGACGGUGGUGGAGUUCCUGCAGAGCUACGGGAAGGUUCUGGGGCUGGAGCCUGCUCGGGACGUGCCCACGCUGGGCGCGCUGCAGGAGGGGCUGCUGGGGGUGGCCCCCGGCGCGGGGCAGCUGCAGGACCUGCUGGUGAGGCUGCUGCAGGCAGCGCUCUGCGACCCCGGGCUGCCGCCCUACUGCCAGUCCCUGAAGAUCCUGGGGGAGAAGGUGUCGGAGAUCAGCCUGAACCGCGACACGGUGUCGGAGGUGCUGCGCUGCUUCCUGACGGCGCACGGGGCGGGCGCGGAGCUGUGCGAGGGGCUGCGCACCAAACCCUUCCAGGCGCUGCCCCCCGAGCGCAAAGCCGCCAUCCUCGUCUUCCUGGUCAACGAGCUCAACAGCAGCGCCCUCAUCAUCAGCGAGAUCGACAAGACCCUGGAGAACAUGUCCAACUACAGGAAGAACAAGUGGAUCAUCGAGGGCCGACUCCGCAGGCUGAAGGUCGCCCUGGCCAAGAGAACGGGCCGUCCCGAGUCGGAGAUCACGGGGCUGGAGGACGGGCGGCGUCGGCGCAGCUCCCGCCUGACCGAGGACACGGGGCUGGAGAUGGAGGAGGAGGAGGAGACCCGGGGGCGGAAAUCACGCCGGGAGGAGGAGGUCGACACGUCCACGUCCAGCGUCCCGGAGCUGGAGCGGCAGAUCGAGAAGCUGGCCAAGAGGCAGAUGUUCUUCCGCAAGAAGCUGCUCCAUUCCUCCCAGACCCUGCGUGCAGCCUCCCUGGGCCAGGACCGGUUCCGGCGGCGCUACUGGGUCCUGCCCCACCUGGGCGGCAUCUUCGUGGAGGGCGCGGAGGCAGCUGAGGCGGUGGCUCAGGAGCCCCCGGAGGAGAAGGUGUCCCCGCACGUGUCCCUGGUGAAGGAGGAGCCGGCGGCCGUGCCCGUCGCCAGCCGGACCAGCUGCCCGGCCUCGGCCUCGCGCGCCCGCGGGCGGCCCCGGAAGAGCAAAGAGGAGCUGGCCCAGCACUGCGGACCCUGCCCUGCCCCGGUCAACGGGGUCCUGGAGGAGCCAGAGCCCCUGGGGCAGAGCCAGCACGACCUCAGCCAGUCAGCCUUCCUGUCCUGGCUGAGCCAGACCCAGUCGUCCCUGCUCAAGGACUCCGUCCUCACCCCGGCCAGCAGCCCCGGCAAGGGGGACACGGGGCUCCCGCCGCCCGAGGCCCCCUCGGACCCCAUGGAGGAGGAAGAGGAGGAGGAGGAGGAGGAGAGAGCCCCGGAGGCCGUGGCGAAGCGGGGGCCCUGGUUCAACCUGCUGCCCCGCACGCCCUGCGAUGACCGAGCCCCCCUCGCUACCUCCUCGGCCGAGCCCUCGCCACGAGCCCCCGCAGCCCCCCGCAGCCAGAGCCGUGGGGAGCCCCCCAAGGGCCCGGCACGGCAGCUGAACGGCCUCCCCGCAGACGACCCCACAGCUCCCCUGCUCGCCUCCACGCCGGUGCACGCCGGCCCCAGGGCCCACGGCGCCUGCCCCCGCAGCCAGGGCAGCCUGGAAAAGCUCCAGGACGUGCCGGGGCAACCCAAGCGCCGAGGGAGACCCCCCACCAAAUUCUUCAAGCAGAUGGAGCAGAAGUACCUGACGCAGCUGACGGAGCAGCCGGUGCCCAGCGAGAUGCAGAGCGGCUGGUGGUGGCUGCGGGACCCCGAGGAGCUGGAGGCCGUGGCGCGGGCGCUGCACCCGCGCGGCAUCCGGGAGAAGGCGCUGCACAAGCACCUCACCAAGCACAAGGAGUUCCUGCGUGAGGUUUGCCUCCGGAACACCACCGACCCCAUCUUCCACCCGCGCCCGGAGUCGGCUGCUGCUGCGGUGUCUCAGGAAGCCCUGGCGCAGUGGUCAGUGCCGGACAGAGCCUACGAGACCGACCUGGGGGUCCUGCAGUGGGUGGAGGAGCUGGAGCAGCGCGUCCUCAUGGCCGACCUGCAGAUCCGGGGCUGGACGUGCCCCAGCCCGGACUCGACGCGGGACGACCUGCGGUACUGCGAGCACAAAGUGGAGCCCCUGGAGGACAUCACAGUGCGGAGCCGGCGGGACCGGGACGGGCUCCCGCUGCGCCGGGAGCUCACCAACCCCCUGGACCUGGCCGUGCUGCGGCUGGCGGCGCUGGAGCAGAACCUGGAGCGCCGCUACCUGAAGGAGCCGCUGUGGCCUCUGCACGAGGUGGUGGUGGAGAAAGCGGUGCUGAGCGGCCCCGAGGAGCCGAGCCUGGGCCCCACCGAGAUCUCGUACGAGAUCACGCCGCGGGUGCGGACGUGGCGGCAGACGCUGGAGCGCUGCCGCAGCGCGGCCCAGGUGUCCCUGUGCAUCUUCCAGCUGGAGAAAUCCAUCGCCUGGGAGAAGUCUGUGAACAGAGUGACCUGCCUGGUUUGCCGGCGAGGGGACGACGACGAGCACCUGCUGCUGUGCGACGGCUGCGACCGCGGCUGCCACCUCUACUGCCACCGGCCCCGCAUGACCGAGGUGCCCGAGGGCGACUGGUUCUGCUCGGUCUGCGUGGCACGGGCAGGGCAGUACCGGGACCCCGUCUCUCCCCGGCGGGGCAAGAAGCGGAAGCGGGGCCGUGCGGUGGCGGGGAGCCCCGGCGAGGAGGAGCCGAGCCCACGGCGCCGAGCGGCCCCGCGGCGCCGGGAGGGGCUGCCCGUGUCCCCCCGGUACCCGGGGGAGGCUCUGGCCCCCGCCCGGCGGAGGAGCUCGGCCCUGCGGGGCCAGCCCAGCGACCUGACCUUCUGCGAGAUCAUCCUGAUGGAGAUGGAGUCGCACGAGGACGCCUGGCCCUUCCUGGAGCCCGUGAACCCCCGGCUGGUCCCCGGCUACCGCAAGAUCAUCAAGAACCCCAUGGACUUCGCCACCAUGCGCACGAGGCUGCUGCGGGGCGGGUACUCGAGCUCGGCGGAGUUCGCUGCCGACGCCCUUUUGGUGUUCGACAACUGCCAGACCUUCAACGAGGACGACUCGGCCGUGGGCCGCGCCGGCCACGCCAUGCGCCGGUUCUUCCAGAGCCGGUGGGAGGAAUUUUAUCAGGGAAAACACGCUCCGAACCCGUGAGUGGGGGGCUGCUGCCGCCCCCCCCUCCCCGGGGCUUUGGGGGGGGGGGUCUCCCCACGAACUGCCUCCUCUGGAGCUGCUCUCGCUGCCUGCUGAUCCCACACGGGGGGUUCUUGCCCCCCACCAAACCCCCUCCUCACCCAAAAAAAAAAAAAACCUCUGGCAGCGUGAACGGGCCCCCCCAAAACCCCCUCCUCACUUUGUGCGGCCCCUUCCCGCUGCCAGGACCACCCCCUCCCCAAAAAUCCCGCCCGGUUCCCCCCCCAUCCCCCUUUUUUUUUUGGGUUUUUUGGGUUUUUUUUUUCCCCCCCAGCACCACAAACUCACAAAAUUUUGUGUAAGCCAAAAAGAAGAGGGAAAAAAAAA